ACUGAUAUACAAUAAUCACACAUACUUGCCGUUGUCUCCUACCACUAUCAGUUGGAUACAUUGGAGAGAAAUGGCGGAGGAAAAGGUGAAGCUGGUGAACGGUGACGGCGUCGGAGGUGGAAAGGGAAUCGUGGAGGUGAACCCCAAGCCCCAGAAAGGGCUAAGUGCGACGCUGAUUGACUGGUUUGAGCAGUUGAUAGUGAAAUUUAUGUACGAUUCUUCUAAGCCUCAACACUAUCUCUCCGGUAACUUCGCGCCUGCUCCGACGGAAACUCCACCCACCCAAUAUCUUCCCGUCAAAGGCCAUCUCCCUGAAUGCUUGAAUGGCGAAUUCGUAAGGGUUGGGCCCAACCCCAAGUUUGCCCCUGUUGCUGCAUAUCACUGGUUUGAUGGAGAUGGAAUGAUUCAUGGUAUGCGCAUCAAGGAUGGAAAGGCGACAUACGUGUCUCGUUAUGUCAAGACAUCACGUCUUAAACAGGAAGAGUAUUUCGGAGGGGCAAAAUUUAUGAAGGUCGGAGACCUUAAAGGAUUAUUUGGACUGCUCAUGGUCAAUAUAUAUAAGCUGAGAGAAAAGGCUAAAGUGUUAGAUCUAUCAUACGGGAAUGGGACUGCUAAUACAGCUCUUAUAUAUCACCAUGGGAAACUUCUGGCACUUCAAGAGGCAGAUAAACCUUAUGUCCUAAAAGUUUUGGAGGAUGGCGAUCUCCAAACUCUUGGCAUGCUUGAUUAUGACAAGCGAUUAUCACAUUCCUUCACUGCUCAUCCGAAGGUUGAUCCAGUCACUGGUGAGAUGUUUACUUUUGGCUAUGGACACGAACCUCCUUAUAUUACAUACAGAGUUAUUUCAAAAGAUUUAAAUUUUCAGGAAAUGGUUAAAGAAAAGAAGCUGAUAUACUCAUUUGAUGCUUCAAAGAAGGCUCGUUUUGGUGUGCUUCCACGAUAUGCAAAAGAUGAUCGCCUAAUCAGAUGGUUUGAGCUUCCUAAUUGCUUUAUCUUCCAUAAUGCGAAUGCUUGGGAGGAGGGAGAUGAAGUUGUUCUGAUCACUUGCCGCCUUCAAAAUCCAGAUCUGGACAUGGUCAAUGGGGAGGUCAAAGAUAAGCUUGAUAAUUUUACAAAUGAGCUGUAUGAGAUGAGAUUCAACAUGAAAAGUGGUUGUGCUCUACAAAAGAAAUUAUCUGCUUCUGCUGUAGAUUUCCCCAGGGUGAACGAAUACUACACUGGCAGGAAACAAAGGUAUGUGUAUGGAACCAUUUUGGACAGCAUUGCAAAAGUCACAGGGAUUGUGAAAUUUGAUCUGCACACGGAACCAGAGGUCGGAAAAACAAAGAUUGAAGUUGGGGGAAAUGUUGCAGGGGUCUUUGACUUGGGUCCUGGUAGAUUUGGUUCAGAAGCUGUUUUUGUGCCUUGUGAACCGGGGACCACUGGUGAAGAGGAUGAUGGCUACUUGAUAUUCUUUGUACAUGAUGAAAAUACCGGAAAAUCUGCAGUGAAUGUGAUUGAUGCAAAAACAAUGUCAGCAGAUCCUGUUGCGGUUGUCGAGCUACCCCACAGGGUUCCUUAUGGGUUCCAUGCAUUCUUUGUGACAGAGGAACAACUUCAAGAGCAAGCAAUAUAGAAAUGGUUGGGAUUUUUCUUUUCGGCCAGCAGAGGAAUGAAGAUAUGCAAUUGCCUUUGUUUAAUAGACAGACACAUUAUUAUAUAUAUCCUGUAAUAAUAAUGCCUCUCCAGUAUACAGAACUAUUACCUGUUUGCGCAUGGGUAAAAGAUACUAUAAUUUUUAUAUAUCCGAUGUUGGAUGAGGUUUCUUCA